UGUGUUAAGUCACUUUCACUGCACUUUAAACUGACAAUGAAGUCCAUCAAGCAGUCCGUGGAGGAGAUGUCUGUGAGCUUCAACACAAGGAUGGCGGAGUUCCAGGCACAAAUAGAUAUGGCUACUCCGGGGAGUCCCACCGUCUCUUCUGUUGCUGCGCAGUUUGAGGCUUUCCGAUCAUUUAUAAUUAAAGCCUUGGAGACACUUCAGCAACAAGUGGAGUUCCUCAGCCAUCAAGUUGACAGCCUGGAGAUGCGGUCGAGGCGCAAGAUUCUCCUCUUUCAUGGUGUUGCUGAGGAAGAUGGUGAGGAUACUUCGGCAAGAGUCGUGGGAUUGCUGAGGACCCAUUUGAAGAGCGAGCUCACAACUGAUGACAUAUCCCGGAGUCACCGUAUGGGGCGUCCUCAUAAAAACCAGACCAGAUGCGUGUUAGUGAAGUUUCGCGACAUUUCUCAUCGCAACGAUGUGUGGUAUAGCAAAACCGCCUUGAAAGGAACGGGCGUGAUUGUGUCAGAGUUUUUGACUAAACCCCGGCACGACGUCUUCAUGGCUGCCCGUGAACGUCUCGGUGUUCGUAACUGUUUUACGCGGGACGGCAGUGUCUACGUUCAAGUUAAGGAAGGGGAACGCCGCUGCGUGUCGUCACUCGCUGAUCUCGACUCCAUCAAGCCGGCGCCGGAGUCCCAACCCGCCGUUAGUACAGCGGCGGUACCAGGCCCGGCUGCUAACAAGCCAGACAAAAGGGUGAAGCGUCAGGGAGCUAUUAAGCCCCGUGUUUGAGGAAUAGUGUUAUUAUUGUGUUGUUAGUUGUCGAGUAAGUUUCCUGUUUCUACAUUUCAAUUUGACUCUUGUUUUUGGCCGUGUAAUAUCUUGUGCGAAUUUCUCUUUUACCCUCUUCUUACGUUAUUAUUUUUUACA